AUGGCAGUCGCCCGACAGCCUGCCGUCUCCGGGACCCGCGUUUACGUCAUGAUACUGCUAGGCAUCGGAGACCUUGGCGGCAUCAUCUGGGAGGUCCUUGCAGCGAUCAUUUGGGAGGUGUGGAUCACCCUCACGAACCACUUCCGCCUCUUCGUCGCGACCUACCCCCUUAUGGGUCUCCUCUUCCUCAUUACUCGCGGAUUCGACCUCACGACCUGCGUCGGCGUCUGUUGCGGCGCUUAUAUGUACACCUCCUUCCUGUACUACUUCGGCCUGCGCGACCGCCUGCCCUGGGCCUGCCUCGUCGCGACGCUCCUCACCUUCGAGGGCCCGAAUCCACGACUGCUGCGCAGGGCAGCGGUGACUGCCUUCAUGCUGGCGCGGGACGACAGCUUCGGCGAGCUGUACUCGAAGCGGGUGAGAAAUGCCGAGGUUCCGUGGGAGGAUGGAAGCGGGUUUGCGUUCUUGUUCAACUUUGAGGGCCGAGAGCUGCUGAGGGAGGUCUGCUUGUAUUUGGUCAACACGCUGUGCUCGUCGUUCGACCGACCUCGCGUGCAGGACGACUUCAAGCUGCGGACUUCGGUCAGGACGGUCGAUGUCUUUGUCCUUCCACUGCUGGGGCUGAUAGACUGGGCUUGGAGAUACAGACGUGCGCAGAGACGACUGAGAAAGGCUCGACUUGCUCGGGAAAAACCGCAGACAGUUGAGCAACAAAGCUGA